AUGGACGGAGAAAACUCUUUGCCUUCGACUUGUAGUGAUGGCCUGGCCGAAGCUCUCCACGAUGGACCCGCAGCUGCGAAGGCCUGGGAGAAGAAUUCGCGACAGUCUCGUGAAGCGUACAGACAGAUAACGCGACAGUAUCUCUCUGCUCGGAUGUCUGGCGCCUACGAAGACAUGCUUAUGCUUGGCGAGCUCCUCUACAGCAUAGCCCAUCCUUCCGUCUCGCCCGCCGCCGUCAACUUCCCCCUCUCCGUGUGCUGUGGGGACUGCCUGUCUCCGCGCGCGCGAGAUACCGAGAGGAGCGAAGCGGCGGUAGCAGACGGCAACACAAAAACAGAAGAAGAAGGGGGAGAUAAGGAAGCGGCGGAGAGGCACCAAACGCUCUGUUGCCUCCAGGUCGAGAGUCUCUUUUUCUUCGCAGAGGCCCUCGUUGCCUGUGGACAAAUGGAAAGGGCGAGGCGUCUCCUCUUCGUUCAGCACGGAGAACUCACGGCCAGAGACCCGAGCUUGCUCGCGGUCGCAACCCAGUUUCUCCUGUCCCUGGCGACAGCGCUGCAGCGUCUCGGUCGCUUCCCGCACGCGCUUCGACUUCUCUGCGACAUCUACCGGCGCGAGCCGUUUCACCCUCGACUGCUCUUCGCGCUCUUUGGCAGCGGCGUUUUAACUCCUCAGGACGAACUGCAUCUCCUCCGCGAAACGCGGUUUCACAGCAGUCAGCUCUGGGCCAAACACUUGGCGGUGGCCUUAAUCUCCGCUGCAAGAGAUGAAACGCCAGAAACAAUAUGGGAACGGCUAUCCACUUCUUCUUCUUCUUCUUCUUCUUCUUCUUCUUCUUCUUCUUCUUCUUCUUCUUCUUCUUCUUCUCUUGUCGCCGCUCCACCGCGUCCUCCGGGGCUGCAAGCAGUGCCGCUAGCGAUAGGCAUCGGCGGCUGCUGCUUGCGAGUCGACGACGUUCUUUCGUAUGUCGAAGAAAUGUAUCCUGCUCACCACGUUCCCCCGGAAUUCCUUUAUUCGAGCGUCAACUUAACCAUUCAGGCCAUUCGCGCCUUUCGCCGAAGAAACAUUCCCCUCGCAUUCGCCCUGUCCAACCUUCUGCUGGAGACCACCCUCGCCGAGGCGCUCUACGUUCUGCCUGUCUUCAUUUCCUGUUGCGUCCAGUUGGAGAAAGUUGCCGAGCUUCAUCUGCUAACCGAGAGACUGGAAGACGCACUUCAGGGAGCCCUCGCGGACGGCGAGAGAACGGCGCUCACGGCUGCGCUCAUCUACGCUGAAGGCGGCCUUCUCCUCGUCGAGGGAACUGUGGCGAAGGCUGUCGACGUUCUGUUGAAGGCCGCCGAGAUUCCGCAAGAACCGCUGACGACGCCUGGUUUCCUGCCUCUCCAUCUGUCUCUCGCGGAGGCUCUGCAGUCUCCGGUCGACGAACAGGUGUCCUCGAAACAGAAGGCUGCGCGACAGAAACUCGGGAAGACGCUGCGACAACUGAUGCAGAUCUUCAGAGGGCAUCCACGAGUGCUCUUGGCACGCCUCAAAGAAAUGCAGCAGACCCAGCUGCAUGCGCCGAACGCGGCCUGGGACAGAACGGAAGAAAUCCAACUUCUCCGAGAAGCCUUGCGACUGGACUCGCGAGAUCCCCAAGUCCUCCUCGAGUGCGCGGCAGUCGCCUUCGCCGCGGAAAAAUUCCAAGAAGCCGUUCUGCUCGCCAAUCGGGCCUUGUCGGUGUGUAUGUACACCCGCGCGACCGGCCCUCUCUGCGAACUAGGCACCCCCGAAAAACACCGACGAAGCGAACCCGACAGUGGAGACGGAGGAAAAGACGAACCCGGGAAAAGCGACCGGACGGAUCGAGUGAAAGAAAUCCUCUCCACUGACUUGUCGUCGCAGGCUCCUCCGUGCUGCUGCGCCGACGCGCUGCAUGCGCUACGUGGCCAGGCACUUUUAGAGCUGAGCCUGAAACUCGCGACCUCGAGCGAGGUCGAUCUGGAAAGCGAGGAUUUCUUGUUUCCCCGUCUCCCAAUUCCGGAGAAGAGUAGUUCGUCCUCUGGGCCUUUCUCAGUCGAUGGAGGCCUUCCCGUCGCCCUACGCCUCCUCGCCAAGGCUUCCAAAAAUCCUCACGAGAGUCUUCGCUGA